AUGGUUUACCAAACUGAAACGUUUCCAGAAGAACUGAGAAACAAUGAACUGACGGAACACAUGCCGGUGCUCAUUUUUAAGAUCCAAAAAAGUAAAACCAGUGAUGACCCAAAUAUUGGCACCCCUAAGAGUUUUACGAAAAGUCCAAGAGAUUUUUCAGCGACUAAAAAAUAUGGACUCUUGGAAAAGAAAUUUAAAAAACAAAAAAUUAAUUCAGGAAAAGAAUAUGUUUCUAGACUAGAAAAGCUGCACAAAGCUAAGUCUGUACUAAAAGCUUGUGGUGAAACAUGUUUAUUUAAAUGCUCAGAGAAGGUUCCAGAAAUUUGUAGGCAAGACUUAUUUAACACCUAUUACCAGCUUGCUGAUAAGUCUCUUCAGAGAGAGUUUUAUCUCGUCACAUUGAAAAAAGGCCAAACAAACCUGAAAAACAAUACAAAAAGAAAACAUUUACGUGUACAUACUGUUUUAACGUUAAUGAUCAAAAAUUUAGGGGGUUCUACAGAACGAGAAUUUUUGGAAGGAUCGCUUAACUUAAGCAUUAUGUACCGGUUAUAUAAACAAGAAUGUAUAAGCGAUGGUAGAACUUUCGCUACACAAUACAUUUACUCAAACAUUUUUAAUUUAGGGUUUUUUCAGCCGAAAAAAGACUUAUGUUCUGUCUGCGAAACGUAUAAAAGUUUAAGUGAUGACGAAAAAGAAGCCAGAAAAGAACAUUUUGAAAAGCACCAAGAGGAAAAGGUUCUGUCUCGUCUGGAAAAGGAAAAAGAUAAAAAUUUGGCAUUACAAGAUGAAAAUAAUAAUAUUAUGUUAUGUUCUUAUGAUUUACAGGCUGUUACUCCACUGCCUAAUGGUAACGUAUCAACAUUUUAAUAUAAAAGUAAAAUUAACGUUUUUAAUUUCACGAUCUUUAACAUAAAAGAAAAAUCUGGGUUUUGCUACAUGUGGCAUGAAGGAGAUGCCAAAAGAGAAGCUAAUGAAAUAUCCACUUGUGUAUUUCAGUUUUUAAAGAAGCAUGGCAAAGGAAAAAAAGUUUACUCUACAGUGAUAAUUGUACAGCUCAAUAUAAAAAUAAAUUUUUGAUGCCUAUGUAUUUAUACACCGUGGAAAACUAUGACAGAAGAAAUUAACCAUAAAUAUCUUAUCAUUGGAUACACGGAAAAUGAGGGCGAUUCCAUGAAUUCGUGUAUUGAAAAGGAAAGAUCAAAAGUACUUAAAAAUGGCCCGGUUUGUGUGCUAUCUGAACUAGUAACCAUUGCUAAAUCAGCUAAAAAACGAGGUAAACCAUACGAAGUCAAUUAGAUGUAAACUGAAGAUUUUG